GGCGCUGCGGGGCUCAGCCUGCCGGGGCUGCCCCAGGGUGAGCGGCGUGGAGAAGAGCUUGGAAAAUAGAGCUGGCUGGUCAGCGGAGUUGUUUCUGAAAGCCGCGGCCAGGUGUCGGGCUGCGGCUGUUCGGCCCGUAAGGUGGGACUUUCCGAACCUGUUGUUCUUAUUGUCCCUGAACAGCAUCACUUCACGUCCUGCUCGGUGAGCUCCUUGCUCUCAGUUCCGCCAAUGGAAAGCCCUGGCUAUCCUUCCUUAACAGCUCGGUGUUGAAUCCUUGGCAGUGCGUGUAUUUCUGUGUGUAUCUGCGGUAUUGUUCUGCCUGUUGUCCUUUCACUUAUUUGUCGAAACUUAUGUUGACAGUUUGAUCAAAGUGACCUUAGGCUCACUUUACUGAGGUCAUUUUUUUUAGCACAUGGUGUUAGGUCCGUAUUGUUUUUCUGUAUUCCAUCAUUCUUAUUCCGGGUAAACAGCUGUUUUCUAGGAAAAACAUUUGAUGAAUAUGAGCCAUAAGUGUUGGGAUUUCCCCUCUCCUAGUUCUUUGUAAUGUGUGUCAAACUGAUUCUUCUUAAUUUUUAAUUCUCUUGAAAGCUUCUUAAGGAAGAGAUUUUUGUCGAUCUUGUUAGUUAGUGCAGAGUCUGUCACUGAUAGGACCUUAGUGAAUCUGCUGGGUUUUUUUUACACUGGAUCUGAAAGAACAAUCAGAGUUAUUACGGCCAAAAUCAGCUGUGAUAUUUAAAACUUAUGUCCUUAGUUGGUGAUAGCAAAUCCGGUUUUUAUAUGUUUUUCAGUCCUGGUGGCUCGUAGUUUCAUCAGUUUACUUUGAAAGUUUUAUCUCUUUCUUGUAUUUCCAAGUGAAAACAGAUGGAAAUGAUAGGUACAAGUAUUUCUGGAGUCAGCAAAUAUAUCCCUGUCCGAGGUCACUUUUUCACCUUUGGAAAGUACCUCAUACAAAUAUACAAGGAGCUUGACUUUGUGAAAGAAACAGCUUCACUUGUUGGACUUACUGGAAGGCAUUUCACCAUUUAAAUGAGUGUAGUGUAGGACUAAUGCAUGCUAGAAAAAAUGGCUGGUUGAAAAGAGCACAAGUAAAUAUAUACAUAGUGCAGCAAGAUACCAAAUAAUAAAGAGUACUUUAAUUUGAUUUUAAGUGCGGUGAUGUAAUGCUUCAAAUAUGAUCCUGAUGGCUGCAGGAAGAGUAACUAAGGAAAUACACAUAAAGGAACCUAUAGAAAAGGAAGUAAAUCCUCAUUUAUUACCAGGUGAACUGCUACUUUGUGAAGCCAGCACAGUGUACAAGUAUGUGCAAGAAGAUGGGUCAAAUCGUGGCACUUACGGGAAACUCGUGUGCACAAACUUUAAGAUUUCUUUCCUUGAUGAUGAUUCUGCUUCAGAUGAUAAUGAGCCACAAUUUAAGAAUAAGAUUGUAGGAGAAAAUGAUAUAACUCUGCAAUGCGUAGAUCAAAUAUAUGGAGUUUAUGAUGAGAAAAAGAAACUUCUAACAGGACAGCUAAGAAAAUACCCAGAGAAGUUAAUUAUCUACUGUAAAGACCUUAGAGUAUUUAACUUCUGCCUGAGAUACACAAAAGAAGAGGAAGUGAAAAGAAUCGUCAGUGGUAUAGUUCAUCAUAGCCAGACUCCUAAGCUGCUUAAACGUUUGUUUCUGUUCUCUUAUGCAUCAGCUGCUCCAAACAACACAGAUGGGAGAAACCAAACCGUGAUGUUUGAGACCCUGGAGGACUGGCGUGAUGAGUUGGAGCGGACCAAAGGGAAUGUGAAAUAUAAAGCAGUGACAACCAACGAAGGCUACAGAGUCUCUGAAAAGCUGCCUUUGUAUUUUGUUGUUCCCAUGUGCAUUUCUGAAGAGAGUAUCUUGAAGUAUGAAGGCAGAGGCAUUCCUAUUUGGUGUUGGUCUUGCCAUAACGGUGCUGCUCUUCUCAAAAUGUCCUCAUUUCCCAAAGAACAGGAUGACAGCACUUCACAAAUGCAAAAAGCCUUCUUGGAUGGAAUCUAUAAGACAAUUAGCAAACCUCCCUAUGAGCUCCUGAAGAUGGAUGACUUGUCAAGCAGCCUUCCAUCUCUGCAAGAUAUCCAGACUGCAUACACAAGAUUUAAACAGCUGUUUUUGAUAGAUAACAGUACAGACUUCUGGGCAACUGAUGUGAAAUGGUUUUCAUUACUGGAGAGCACAAACUGGCUAGAAAUAAUCAGGAGGGUCUUGAAGAAAGCCAUAGAAGUUGCUGAGUGUCUGGAAAUACAGCAUACAAAUGUUCUCCUCAUAGAGGAGAGUGCUACUGAUCUGUGCUGUGUAAUCUCGAGUCUGGUUCAAGUGAUGAUGGAUUCAUACAGCAGAACAAAGUCAGGGUUUCAGAGCCUCAUUCAGAAGGAGUGGGUGAUUGGGGGACAUGGCUUUUUGGAUCGCUGUAACCACUUACACAAAAGUGAGAAAGAGGAGGCUCCUGUUUUUCUGCUCCUGCUAAAUUGUGUUUGGCAGCUGGUACAACAGUAUCCUCCAGCAUUUGAGUUCACAGAAACUUACUUAACUGUCUUGUCAGACAGCCUCUAUGUGCCUAUUUUUAGCACUUUCUUCUUCAACUCUCAACAUCAAAGAGACACUAAUAAGAGUGGGGAAAGCCUCAAGACACAAAGUGGUCCUUUCAGAUUCCUUACUGUGUGGGACUGGUCUGUGCAGUUUGACCCCAAGGCCCUGGCUUUCCUGAACAACCCUCUUUAUGCAGAGAAACCAAAACCAGAUAGAAGUCAACGGAAGACUGCACGGUUCAAACAUCAACGGCAACUUUCUUUGCCACUGACACAGGCAAAGCCUUCCACGAAGAGAGGAUUUUUCAGGGAGGAAACAGAUCAUUUAAUUAAAAACAUUCUGGGUAAAAGAAUUGGCAAGUUCAUAAAUUCUUCAGAUGAGCCCCCUAAUAGCUUAAGAGAGUUUUAUGAUAGCUGGCAUAGCAAACCUGUCGACUACCACGGUCUCCUGCUGCCACGCAUCGACGGCCCCGAAAUCAAAGUCUGGGCACAGCGUUACCUACGAUGGAUUCCUGAGGCCCAGCUUCAUGGUGGUGGAACAAUAGCUACAGCUGCCAAGAUUUUGGACUUGAUGGAGGAAGUGCAAAGCCUGCAGGUGAAAAUGGAUGAAGAACACAGUCAGGCUGUUUCUGGAGAUGUGCAUUCUGUUCCCAUGCUGAGAAAUUCUGCCCGUUUGUCAUCCUUGUUUCCAUUUGCUUUACUGCAGAGACAGUCUGUCAAACCAGCUUUACCCACUAGCACCUGGAAAGACUUGGAAGAUGAAGAUGACUUGGUCAAGAGGGAUGAUGAAUUUGUUGAUCUAAGUGGGGAUAUGUUAUAACAUGUAUAUAGAUUACAGUAUGGAUUGUAUGUGGUUAAGCACUGAGUUUUAAAUGUUGUGCUGUAUCUUCAUAUAAGGAACUUGGGCAUCUGCAAACUGUUUAAUGGGUUUGUGGGGUUAAAAAUCCUUGAUUGGAAAGAGCUACUUGCUGUAAUUAACUGAGCAUGUUCUGAACCUCCAUUUCACUCUAACAAUAUUUAUUGCAGAACCAUAUUUUUAGCACAGGUGUAAUAAAAAUGGGAGUCUUGGCUGUAGUAACAAUAUGGCCAGUCUGUUAAAAAAAAAAAAAAAAAAAAAAAAAAAGCCAGCAAAAGAAUACUUUCUGCUGUGAAGGUAGAAUGAUAAAUGCAUAUAGCAACAAUCAUGCUAUCUUAACAGAACAUCUCUUUCCCCUUAGGCUAAGAGUACUGGGAGUACUGUGAUUUGCAAAUUCCCCCCACAUGUAAACAGUGAAAGAUGCAACUAACUGUGCACUCACAAGUCAGCUUUUAACAGCUGAGGAAUACUCUUGUGGUCACCAGGGGUUUUCUGUCUACUGUUGGAUCAACAGAAGUCAUGUGCUUGCCCCUUCCCCUUUGUCACUGUUGGUCUGUGUGGUGGCAUGGUCACAGGUUGGCUGCUCUGAGCCUGUGCAUGCCCUUAGCUCAAAGGUCAGAUGCAAGAGCUUAAUGACACAUUUCAAGUCUUAAUGUAUGGCUGCUGUGCUACGUGCCCUUGCUGCCUUGGAAUUUUAUGUUUGCUCUUAAUUUUAACAAAUUGAGAUUUCAAUUUGCCAUGAGUAUUUUUUCUCCUUUUAAGCAGAGGGAGACUUUUAUUGGAACUUUCCCCCAUUGAUGCCAGUUGCCUUUAAGGCUUUCUGUAGCUUGCACUGAGACUCUCCACAUAGCAGGGAAGACUCUUUUCCUGUAGUCCUGCAGGGAAGCAGGAUUUGCAGUCUGUUACCACUUGCCAUGAGUUGGUGGUACAGCUUAUGAAUGUGGUGUUUAUAGAACACUCGUGUCCUGUUGCUGGAUGUUAUAACAGUACCUCAGUGAAAGAAGCCAUAAAGAAAUGCCUGUUGACUUGGAUCUACUGUGUGUAUGUUUAUACAAAUUUUUACUGCAAAUAGUUAUCCUUUGUAAAGCUGAAUAUUAUUUGACUGUCAGAUCUGUUUUUAACUCUUAAAUUCUGUAAUACCCCAAGAAUGGAUUCAAAUUUUAAAAUCAGUUACACUGGGAGGUUACACAUUGAAUAUUUUUUCUGUUCUCUAACCAUUUAGAAAUCCAUGCUGGAAAACUUAGCUGGUGGAUAAACUGUUGCUUAAAUUUGAUCAGCUCGGUGAAACUUGGGGAUAUUAAACUUUUGUUACUGACUUAUCACUUCAUACUGAGUUGUAUUAAUAUAUAGCAACAAUUCAUCAGCAGCCCUCUGAAAACAAAUUCUCAUAACUGGGAAAGGGGAGAGAUUGAUGCAGCUAUGCCAGACUGAAGCUUUCCAGCUCUUAAUUGCCUUAAAGUCUUAGUGCGAGGACAAUACUUGAGUUUGUAGUGUUUUAUUUAAAAAUAGAGUAGUACUUUGCUUUCUUCUGUGAUAUUUACAGCUAGCACUUGCUGGAAUGGGCUCUACAGCACAUUUCCUUCAGGCUUAAUUGUAAUUCAUGUGACUCAUGUAUGCAAUAAUACUUUGCAUGUUGAAUGAGCAGUGUAUUUUUACGGUGAAGAAAUACUUGUCCUUCUAAGGUCAUUUGGGUUCAAGGGUGGAGUUUUUUAAACACUGCCAUAAAAAAAAGGUUACAAUGAUUUUCUAUACUUUUGAUCAAACUGUUGUAAUGUUUCAGUCAUGAAGAUUACAUAUUUGUAUUAAAGAACAGAUGUUGGACAUCUUAUUUGUACAUAAGUUAUCAAAAAUAUAUAUAGAAGAGAAGUAUAUAUCUGGAUUUGAACAUGGGAACACUUCUAAUGUAGAGUAAAUACCAUUGUUGCUGGUUUUCUGCACUGAAGGAUUGGAAAUAUACUUCAUAUUUUUACUCCAGGCUUUUGUUUAUACCUCCAAGUUCUAACACUGAAUGCAAGCUAGCAGUUUUACAGGUUUUUGUCUUCUUUUCUCCUUCUUUUUUUUAAAUACUGUUUCUUCUCUCCAAGCUGUUUGAACAGUGUCAAUAAAAUAUACUUUGAAUUAUU